AUGAAAAGUGUCCACUCCCUGGCUGGCAUCCUUCUGGUCCUUGGCUUUGUCCAGAGCAGCUUGCAGGUUCCUGUGCAUGAGGCUUAUGACAGCUCAAGUUUUGAGGCAGACAACUCGUUAGUGGAUGAACCGAGGGAGCUGUCAAACAUGAAGAGACACUCAGAAGGAACAUUCUCAAAUGACUACAGCAAAUUCCUGGAAGAGAGGAAGGCACAGGACUUUGUUCGGUGGCUGAUGAACAACAAGAGAAGCGGCGCUGCAGACAAGCGCCACGCGGAUGGAACCUUCACCAGUGACAUGAGCUCCUACCUCAAGGACCAGGCCAUCAAAGACUUUGUUGCCAAACUGAAGUCUGGACAAAUCAGAAGAGAGUAGGCUGUCGCUCCUUCCCUCUCCCUCCUCCUACUGCCUGCUUGU